CAGGGAUAGCCAUCUCCGCCAACAACUGAGCAUCCGGAAUAUGGUCCUUCACAUCAAGAAGGGAAAAAUCAAGAAGGCAAACGUUUUACCUUUAUAACCCCCGGCUAGUAUACUCUUUCCCCAUCGGCCGUCCAAACGGCACAUUUCCGGCGGCACAGCUGCCUCAGGCCUUGGCCGCCAACCUCAACCUCAGCAGAUCCGGAUUCUGCCAUGUGAUCUGGAAUCUUCUCGGCUAAGCAUCCUGGACCGUAUUUCUCCUCACGGGCUCGCUAACAUGACCGGGCACCAGUGAGAUUUCCCAGGCCCUUCAAACGCUUACAUUUCUCCUUUGUUGCAAUUAUCCUCAGGAGCAGCACACGCGCACAAAAGUCCCCUACUCAACCCGCCCCCCCGAAAUGGACGAGAAGCAAAUCCAGGCACGGCAAGAAAUGAGCCGCCGGGUCAGAGAAGCCAUCGACAAGAAAAUGGGGCUAGAGACGAGCGAUCUGUGGAACAAUGUCAAACUGUCCAUGGCCAACAUCACGCGACGGGCGGCGCAGUCGGCGGAGCCGGCGCAGGCCUUCGACUUCGACCUCCACGACCUCUGGUACAUUUUGAUGCAGUCUGCGAAGGUCACGCCCGCCGACAGCCCCGUGCAGGCGUGGCUGGUCACGCAGGUGCUGUACGCGCGCGAGCUGGGCGCGCUGCAGCGGCCGGCGGCGGUGGAGGGCGAGGGCGGGAGCCGCGCUGUCGUGCGGACCGCUGAAGGCGUCAUUUGGACCGACUUGCCUUUUCUCGUCGCGGACGUGACGGAAGCGUGGAGAGGGUCGGAAAAGCUGCCGCUGGUUGAGCGCCAGAACUUGGGCGCUUUUAUAGCACGGUUGGUGGCUGUUGGCGUGUGCGAUCCGCUGCUCGGGCCGUGCGCUUUGUGGUCUCUGCAUGGUGCGUUGGAGGCACCAGUAGACACAGAGUCGGAACCGGAGCUGGAGACGAAAGUGGACGGAGUGAACGGAGUGGUUGAAGAGAAAGGAGAGAAUGGAGAAAGCAGAAAGAAUGGAGAAAACGGAAACCAUACUUCGCCGGCUGAGGCUGUCAUGGUGGCACUGGUUUGGCUCAGGUAUUGCGGUCAUAAACUGCUCAUUUGGUCGAUGCAAAACUUGCAGGUAUCAGAGGAGCAGGGCGAGGGCUUCAGCUUGGCCAGGUGGGCACGCUGGAAGCUUCUUCUCGAUUCCAUGAGAGAUAGCGAAGAUAUUACACUAGCGAAUUGCGCACUGCGGGGGCACAAUUUGAUGGAGCAAGUUGAGAUGGACUUUGGAAUCCCGACCUAACUGACGGGUUGUUCUUAAUAAUUAUAGUCUGAUCCUCUUGGGUUGUUUCUCUUUACUGGUCAAACGGAACGAAGUCUAUUAUUCGCAAAGAUGUCGAAAGAGUUCAUUGGGAUAGUGAUGAGACGAACCGUGGCACGUUAGUAUCGAAAAGUCGAAUUCAGAGCACAAAGCAGGUUUCUUAAUUUAGUGGCAUGAUGUCAUGUUGAAAGCGGACUUAAUUCACGAAAAAAGCAUAUUCAUAGGGACAAGAGUCAUAAUUGAAGGCCAAGGCAGAGAA